AUGGAUUUCUAUGAACAAACCCCACCUUGCGAAUGGACGUUGUUGCGCGUACUGGACCAUUACCGUGCAAAGAACAAAACCAAAAAGCGAACUGUUAAAUAUUUUUUGGACACUAUCAGUAAGGAUCUCAAGAAGAUCGCUUCACCCACGUCCGAAUACAAUGACAGUCAGAAAACUACCGCCCAAGCCAUAAUAAGUGAUUGGAAGGUAAUGUUGGUUUUUGUCUUCAGAAAGGAGGAUAGAACUUCACUUCUGGGUGAGGUUCGAAGAAGACAGCCAUCGAGUUGGGUUGAAGCUGAAACUCUUAGUUUGCA